GCUGAUAAGAGAAAAUAAAUCUUGUGAAAUUAUUUAAUUAUAACUUAAUUAUUACGAAUACAAACGAAUUUUAGAGUACAAAUUACAUUAUGCAGAAAGUGCUGGGACACGUGCAAGCGCACGUUCUGCGCACCAGAGCCACAAAUGUAGCCGCGUGUGUUGUGCGGCAUGAAGCCACAACGGCUGCGGCCGCACAACCAGCAGUAAAAUUCGCUGCAACAUCCAAAGAGUUCCGCGAGCGCCAGGUGCGUUUCAACAUCAAAAACGAGCAGACAAAGGGUCGGCCCUUGUAUCUGGAUGCGCAGGCCACAACACCGAUGGACCCACGUGUGCUGGAUGCCAUGUUGCCCUAUCUGACCAACUACUAUGGCAAUCCCCACUCUCGCACGCACGCCUAUGGCUGGGAAUCGGAGACAGCUGUGGAGAAGGCACGCGAGCAAAUUGCCAACCUGAUUGGUGCCGAGGCAAAGGAGAUUAUAUUCACAUCAGGUGCCACAGAGUCCAAUAACAUUGCCGUCAAGGGUGUGGCGCGGUUCUAUGGCACCAAGAAGAAGCAUGUCAUCACCACACAGACGGAGCACAAGUGCGUCCUGGACUCCUGUCGCGCACUCGAAAACGAGGGCUUCACAGUCACCUACCUGCCGGUGCAGACCAAUGGCAUCAUCGAUCUGAAGCAGCUGGAGGAGGCCUUCACGCCAGAGACAUCCCUGGUGUCGAUUAUGACUGUGAACAAUGAGAUUGGCGUGAGGCAACCCGUCGAGGAAAUUGGCAGGCUCUGCAAGUCCCGCAAAAUAUUUUUCCACACAGAUGCGGCCCAGGCAGUGGGCAAGAUUCCGCUGGACGUGAAUGCCAUGAACAUUGACCUGAUGUCCAUAUCGGGCCACAAGAUAUACGGUCCCAAGGGUGUGGGUGCCCUGUACGUGCGUCGCAGGCCGCGAGUGCGUUUGGAGCCCAUUCAGAGUGGCGGCGGACAGGAGCGUGGCCUUAGGAGCGGCACUGUGCCAGCACCCUUGGCCGUGGGCCUGGGAGCAGCUGCCGAGUUGUCACAGCAGGAGAUGGAAUAUGACAAGAAAUGGAUAGACUUUCUAUCCAACCGUUUGGUGGAACGAAUUUCCAGUACCCUAAGCCAUGUCAUCCGCAACGGGGAUCCGGUGGCCACAUACAAUGGCUGCUUGAAUUUAUCGUUUGCCUACGUUGAGGGAGAGUCUCUGCUGAUGGCCCUGAAAGAUGUGGCAUUGAGCAGUGGCUCUGCUUGCACAUCGGCCUCCCUGGAGCCAUCGUAUGUGCUGCGUGCCAUUGGCACCGAUGAGGAUUUGGCCCACAGCUCCAUUCGGUUUGGCAUUGGCCGCUUCACGACCGUCGAAGAGGUCGACUACACAGCGGACAAGUGCAUCAAGCAUGUGGAGAGGCUGCGCGAGAUGUCGCCGCUCUGGGAAAUGGUCCAAGAGGGCAUAGAUCUGAAGACCAUACAAUGGUCCCAGCACUAAGCUGGAGCGAAAACGAUAUCCAAUAUUUUAGCCGUUACUGUUACAAUACCCAAUACAAUAAUUAUAAAACCACAAAAAAUAAAUUAGUUGCAGCGCCUUUGGGGAAAAA